UAAUUCAAAAUGUUAGAAAUUGACUUUUGGUAAAGCAUAGAAUAAAAGCAUCGAGAACAUUUAGCCUGUGAUCUUGACAGGACUGGAAAAAAGACCCAAGAGCAGUUUUGGUGAUUAAAAAAUGUGAAAACUGCCAGUGUAGAAGAGCAUCUUUAAAUAAAAGAACAGCAGGUUUUUGAAGUUACCCUGUGCAGAAUUGACAAAAUAAAAUAAAUAUGCAAAGGGAAACUGAAUAUGCUGAAACUAGUUUAUAAAGCUGCAAAUGAGUUCAUAAUUAAGGAGAAAGAUAAUAAAACUGAAAUCCUGAAAAUAAGAACAAAAUUAGUUACCAGCAAGAAGAGUUUCAAAAUAACUCUUAACUUACUGAUAACUGCAAGGAAAUUGAAGGAGGAGAGCCCAGGUACUUAAAGAGGCACAUCUGCAAGAAAGGUUCAAAAGUUUCAUAUACCUGAUGUGAAUUGAAAUGCUAGCACUUGCAACUGUUCUAGCAUAAGAGAAUAGCCAAGGUUUGGUAUUGUACAGACUCAUAAGGAUAGAAUGACAACGCAAGUUACCUUUGUCAGCAGAUUGUCUUUAUCAUUCUAGGUUAUUGCUGUUUGUUUGGAGAAAAGUGCUGAACACUUACAGGGAACCAGAGGCAGCUAAGUAAGGCAUGUGAUAAUCAAGAAGGAAGUAUAGGCAUGUGAUAGUGAAGAAGGAAAUAUUUAAAGUUCCUUUGGGUCUGCGAACAAUUUUGUAUAAAUGGAAAACUAGGCGCUUGUGGGAAGUAGAUCUUCCUUUUCAAACAGUAGUGUUUAAAGUGGUUCAGUGCUUUGCACAGUGGGGUUUCCCCAAACUCACCAAAAUAAGUUAGGGCAUUUGCCAUUGCAGUACUGCAAAAGUGCUUGGCAUAGUGGCAGCUUUCUCCCCAAGGGUGAAUUUCUCUUUUUUUUUAUCUUUUCAUAAAACACUUAGUUUUUACAUGUUCAUUCUUGUUAGAUUUUUAUGUCAUGACUUCCUAUUCCCCACUGCAUAAGGCCAUCAGCAUACUUGGAAGGAGUUUGCACGACUUCUGACAAAAGGAAAAGAAGAAAGAGGAAAUUACUGUGAGAACAUGACCUGCAGCUGUCUGUAUGUCUGAAUAAGAAAAACUAUGUACUUAUUCACACAAUGACAAAGAAGUCAUUGGGUGUCAGCCAUUGGUAUUUUUAUCAGGAAGGAGCUCUAUUAAUGUACAUCAAUCUAUCAACAAGUUGUUAGCAAAUGUAGUACUGUUUUACUUUUUCUAGAUGUAAUCAGAGCAUUUAAGGAAAAAGGAAAUUCAGAAACUUCUGCACACUAUUGAAAAAUUAUGUUAUUAUGCAGAAAACUUAGAAAGAGCAGAAAAUUGUGUAUGUUGUAAACACAUUAAAAGGUAGAGUAUUAUUUGUGCUACUGUAUAAUGUAGGCUAUUGUACAUUGAAUAUCUAGCUGGGAAUGAUUUGUACCAUAGUACCAUAGUUGAAGCAUAAAAUUUUAACCCUUGCAGCAUAGACCCAUCCAUGUUUGAAAAUGGGGAUGAAAAUAGUAAUGUUCUGAAGCUUUUGAGACCUCCAGGGGGUAUACUUUUGUAUGUUUGUUGUAAAUAAAUCUUUUAAGGUUACAAAUAAUAUAAAGUUAUCUGAUAUUGAACAAGCUCAAUUCCUCUUAUUUUUUCCAUUUUAACUCCCUACUACAAGUGUUAUGUCACACAAAAUUUUCCAAUGUUAAGAAUCACUGUUGAAUCUAAAUUCUGCAUGAGGUCUUUCUCUCCAUAGUCUGAAUGUUGUUCUUUGGUUGAUGAGCUUUCCGGAUAGAUUCUUCAUGGUCAACUUGAAGACUUUCUUCAAGGGGAGCCUGUGCUGUGUUGGGGCUUGCAGCAGACACCUCUGGCUGCUCAGGAUCAGGGGCCUGGGUUCUCCACAAGUGCUGGACUGUUAUCUUCAAUCUAUCCUCUACAGUAAAGGAACUGAAGGUUUCCUGGCAUAAAAAGUGUGUGAGCAUAAAUUCCAUCAUACCGUCUCAUACUGACAGAGACCAUGAGGAAUGCCUUAAACUUACAGCUCCACCAGAACAGCUGUGCUGUUGGGCUAUGAGGGACAUACAUGUACCUCAUGACUGAAGAGCAGGAAAGAGGUGGGAAAUAGGAAGUGACUGAUCUUCAUUUCCCCGUAGUCAAGGAUCUGCAAGGCCUUGGAGACCAACUGCUGAAGGCAGCAGAGGGCGCUGAGCCCACCGGCACAGCCCGAUAUGGAUCUCUUCCUCCCUGCUCUGGAUUUCCCCGUCCAGGGAUUUCCCACUCCACCUCGAGAAGAGCCUUUAUAAAGAGCACGCUGGAGCUAUUCUAAUAAGCUGUUGCAGAGCAGCAGGAUCUCGCUGUGCUGCUUCACAGAAAAUAAAAAGCAAGGCUUUAGAAUUUACUGUCUUUACCUAGUAACAGCAAUUACAAAUGCUAAAAAAGAUGGGAAGAGCAAGCCAAGCUGUGCUAAUAAUUUUGUAUAUGUUAAUGACUGUUAAAGCUUUUGAAAUGGAGAUUAUACCUGCUAACAGAAUUGUUGCACAGAUUGGAGACACGCUCAUACUCACAUGCAAUACUACGGGCUGUGCAUCACCAAGUUUUUCCUGGAGAACCCAGAUGGACAACCCCCUUGGAGGAACAGUGAACAACCACAGGACAUACUCUACCUUGACUAUGAAUCCAGUUAGCAUUGUGAAUUCUCAUGAUUAUCUGUGUACUGUCUUCUGUGGUAAACAAGAGAAAAAAGAGAAGAGUAUCAAAGUUGAACUUUACUCUUUCCCGAGUGACCCUAUCAUUGAGAUCAGCCCAUCAUCCUUUGUUGAUGGAAAACAAGUCACCGUCACCUGUAAAAUUCCUGAUGUGUAUCCUUCUGGUUACCUGGAAGUAAUCCUAAAGAAAGACAAAAGUAUUCUUCAUGAGAAAAAUUUUUAUGAUGAUGACAGCACAAAUGCAGAGACUAAAACUGUGAAAUAUUCAUUUAAUCCCGUGGCUGAAGAUAUGGGGAAAGAGAUUACUUGUGUGGCCAAGUUGCCAAUUGCUAAUAUGGACUUUGAGCCCAAAGAAAGAAUAACUUCUCAGAAACUGAAUGCAAACUUUGGUCCACAAAAUACUGUCAUUACUGUAUCUCCAGAAAACCCGCCAAUGGAAGGAAACCCUCUAAGCCUCACUUGUAUGACUGAGAGUAAUCCACCACCACAAAUAGUUUGGAGAAAACGUCUGGCUGAUGAAAGCACUAAGCAUCUGAUAGAAAACAAUGUCCUUUCUAUUCCCCAUGCCCAUUUCAAUGAUUCAGGACUGUACAUCUGUGAAGUAAUUAAUCUGGUUACUAAUAAAACAGAGAAAGCAACUGUGGACAUUGUUAUACAAGGUGCUCCAAACAUUCCAGAACUCUCCAUUGAGCCUUCAACAUGGGUUCAAGAGGGAGAAAAUGUUUCCAUACAAUGUUCUGCUGAAAGUAACCCUCCUCCCAAGAUUAUUUUAAGGAGGAAAACUGACAGUGCAGACAUGGGGCCAUACAGUGAGGGGAGAAUUCUCCUUCUUCCAUCUGUGACGUUCCUAAAUGGAGGAGACUAUGAAUGUGUAGCACAAAAUAGGUUUGGGGAAAGGAAAAAUGAUAUAACACUUAAUGUGGAAUAUGGACCGAGGAAUACAAUGAUCUCUGUUAUCCCUGCUGCUGCUGUUAAAGAAGGAGAAACUGUGACGAUGAAAUGUACUAGUUCUGGUAAUCCGGCUCCAGUGAUAUCUUGGAAGAAAAAGAAGGCCACUGGGGAAUUUGAGAAAACUUUUAAAGGUGCAACUUUAACUAUACAGAGCGUAAAAAGUCAAGAUCUGGGGCUUUAUGAAUGUGAAGCUUAUAACCCAUUUGGCGGAGAAUUAAAAUCUGUGACAUUACUUUUUCAAGUUCCUCCCCAAAAUAUUACUGUGUUAGUAUAUCCAUCAGAAAAUGUUAAAGAAGGAGAAAAUGUCACUAUUACAUGUAGCUCAUACAGUAACCCACCAUCACAGAUGGUCCUGAAAAAAGUCCAUCAGGAGAAAGAAAUUAUUCUGCCAUCAGUGAAUGGAACCUUUAUACUCUACAAUGUCACCAAAAAUGAUACAGGCAAAUAUUUGCUUGAUGUUUUCAAUGAGGUUGGAAACAACAUCAAAGUGAUUGAGAUAGCUGUUGUAGGAAGAUUGGAAAAACCAGAUCAAAUGAUACCACUGAUUAUUGCAUUUUCCAGUGUAGCAGCCGUAGCAGUACCUGUAGUUGCAAUUUUGAUCUACGUGUCAAGAAAAGCAAAAAUAAAUGGAUCCUACAGUCUUGUAAAAGCACUCAGGCUGAAAGUGUGAUCGCGUGAAUAUAAGUCUAAGUUCAUAAUAAGCAAAGUUAUUUAUUGUUGUGACUGGUUCUGCUCUUCAAUAAUACAUGGUAACAAACAAGUGACUUAAGAACACUGCCAUGUGAUAGCAAAUUGAUUUUUUUUUCAUGUUUUGAGAAGUAUUUCAGUAUUUAAAUUAAAAGGAUAGCUAGCCUCCUGUCCUAGAAAUUGAUAAAUCACUUCUGUGUUCAAGCAUGAUGAACGAAAUGUUUCUUGGAGAACUGCGUUUGUACAUAGUGUAUAAUUUGUAUUAUAAAUAUGUUCAACUGAAUAUCAGUUUGUAAAAUUGCAAUCUUACUGCAACUGUACAGAGAAAUGCUGUUAAUUCAAAGAUAUAAAUCAGCAUUAUUUGAGCUGAUCAGAUACAGAGUGAGUGUUUUAAUAUCAUUUGUCUGGUAAUGUCUGGUAAUGUUUGGAAAAUGUUAUCUUUAUUCCUAUUGCCAUAAACUGUAUAUCUUCAAUGAAGUUACACAAUCACUGGGCUAUGCGUUUCUAAUUAAUUUAAAUUAAUUUAAGAGCUCAAGGCUCAUUUGUGAAACACUUUAUUUUAAAUAUUAUUCAGAAAUGUCUGGGAUUACAGUCUAGUUAGUUUUAGGACAGCUGAGGCAUUUUUGUAGGGUUUAAUCAUUCUCAAAUCAAUGUCAGAAAUCUCUUAUUUUGUGAUGAGCCAAAUCAGACCCUUCAUUUAGAAUAUAAGCUGCCAAUAAAUAUGCUUUACAGAUUUCUACUGCAGAAUAAAA